GGCCAGGCCACUUCCGGCGGGGCGAGCGACCGGUCGUAGCCCGCCGGCUCGGGAGGCGACGGCAAGAUGACCACUCUCCGGGCCUUUACGUGCGACGACCUGUUCCGCUUCAACAACAUUAACUUGGAUCCACUUACAGAAACUUAUGGGAUUCCUUUUUACUUACAGUAUCUUGCCCACUGGCCAGAGUACUUCAUUGUUGCAGAGGCUCCUGGUGGAGAGUUAAUGGGUUACAUUAUGGGUAAGGCGGAAGGGUCAGUCGCCAGGGAGGAAUGGCAUGGCCACGUCACGGCUCUGUCUGUUGCCCCCGAGUUCCGACGCCUGGGUCUGGCUGCAAAACUUAUGGAGUUAUUGGAGGAGAUUUCAGAAAGAAAGGGUGGAUUUUUUGUGGAUCUCUUUGUACGAGUUUCUAACCAAGUUGCAGUGAACAUGUACAAGCAGCUGGGCUACAGCGUGUACAGGACUGUCAUCGAGUACUAUUCAGCCAGCAAUGGCGAGCCUGAUGAAGAUGCUUAUGAUAUGAGGAAAGCCCUUUCCAGGGACACUGAGAAGAAAUCCAUCAUACCAUUACCUCAUCCUGUGAGGCCUGAAGAUAUUGAAUAACCAUGGGCAGUGGUUCUUAGGCUGAAGUUCCAAAUAUUUUAUGAACAGUGUUAUUUUCAUUGGAUGAUCGUCGAGCUCUGUUAGGAAAAAGUAAUCAAUUAGUUCUUAAAGACUUCAGGAAAACAUAGGUUAUAAACUUUCUAUGUCUCAUUUCUAAUUAACAAUAUUAUACCUACUAUAGCUGUUCACUGAAAUAAAAUUUAUUCAGAAAGGCAGCUAGGUCAGAAGGGAAACAUUCCACUAUCAUGGUUUAUGAUAUUUACUCUAUGCUAGGGGGAAAAAUUGUUUCAAUCUCAGUUCUGGGCCUGAGAACCACUGCUGCAUAUAUAGACUUUAUUUUGUAUUGAUCUGUUAGAGCUUUAAAAGCAUAUAUGAAAUGUAUAAUCUAAGAUGUAUAAUAAAAUGCAUUGUUGACUCAA